AUGCCUCCGGCUCUUCCGAUUUCUCUGAGUCCGCAUAUUUGUAUCCUUACAUCACCCGAUUUGGAGCAACUUCUCUCCCAGCACUCCCUUCCACCACUUCCCCAUAUCCUCCAAUCAUUUUCUCCAUUGCCCCAAGUCACCACCCGGACGACCUCACUUACUUCUGUCCCUCACUCAUCGUUUGGUCUGCGCUUUUCCAGCCUGACUGAAAUCGAAACUGCAUGUCGAGAAGACGAUGAGCAACGUGCUGAUCGUACACUCGACUGGAUUGGGGCUCGUAUCAGUAACCGUUGUGGGAGGUGGUUACAGGAAAUUGAACGGCUGGGAGAAAAGGACGUUCCACGCACUCCUUGGUGGGACGAGCUGAAAAGAUGUGCUGAAGGGGAUCAUGUCCCCAAUCGGUCAGAGGGUUGGAACCAUCCUGUUGCUAUUAUUCUAGCUGUCUCCACUACUGCGCCAAAUCCAUUGCAGGCGAUCACUGCCCUGCAUUCGCGAGCAAUCGAACUACCGUCAUGGGUCGACAAUACAUUCCUACGAUAUACCCUCAUAGUGCACCCUAAAAAUUCACCCUUUUCCGAAGAAGAGGCUGGUGCUUUAUUCAACGCGGUUAAGAAGCAAUAUGGUUUGCAUAGCUUCCUUCUCCAACUCGCGCUUCCCAGUCCACCGCCCGCCCCAGUCCCGGUUCCUGCCCUGAUCCCGAGGCUUCCACCGCCUCCGUCAGCCGAUUCGACAGAGCAAAGUCCCGAGAUACCACCCACCCCAUCCGUGCCGUCGUCGAAUCCUCUCAACACUCUGAGUAUGAGCGAAGGAGACAUACAGCAAACCGCCAAAUUUACCCGAGAAUUCCUUGUGAUGAGUUUGGUUCCAUGGAUGGAGAAGUGUGUCGUAGAGUGGAACGAGAAUUUUUCUUCCAACCGUCGUCUACCUUCGCGUCUGUUCUCUUCUACUCGUCGCUUGUUUGGCUCCCCCUCUCCUUCUCCCUCGCCCACGCCAACCCAUGUAUCCUCAGCAUCCCUUUCACGAGUCGCUGCGUUGAAUGGUAGUUCCUCUCUUCCUCCGGGCCUCGCACCUCCGUCACAGCAACGUCGGUUGGCGGAGUUCGCAACUAUAUUAGGUGAUUUCAAGCUGGCAGUUACUGUCUGGGAAUCGCUCCGGAAAGAGAGCAAAGGCGGUUCAGACAUACUUCCGCUUCUUCUCUCACCCUCUCCGACUAUUCAACUACAUGUUUCCAACUCAUUAUCUGCCCUCCACACGCCCUCUUCUGCUCAAGCCACGCUUCGAGCCCUUUCCUACGCAGUUCGUUGGGAGAUCGGCAUCGGGAACCAGGACUUCCUUAGCAGUACACUCGAAGGAGAACGAUGGCUCGUAUGGGCUGCUGGCAAUGCCGAGGAACCCCCAUCAGCCCUGCUUAUAGCCCAUGCUGCUCUUCUGAGUGCUCGAAAAUCAGCCAGACGGAGGGCUGCAUUGUGGUACCUGUCCGCCGCCAACCGACUAGAAAAAUGUGGCAUCAAACCUUUGACGAUGCAUUUCCUUCGGAGAGCCCACGAGCUAUAUAAAAUCAGCCCUUCGAAAGAACUUUCACCCUCUUUCUGGGACGCAGAAGGAUUGUCGCCCUCUUACAACGGUGUAUUUGAUGCGGUUGCGUCUGGCAUCGAGCAUCCUCUCGGGCGUUUAUUGUAUACUACUGGCGAUGUCGCUGGAGCGGUCAAACUCUUUAUGGGUUUGCUCCGGGGUGACGCGUCACUCGCUUCAGAAGGGCCCAGGAGCGACAAGGUCUUCAUGGAUGAUUUCCGUGUUGCAUUUGCUCAUUUCAAAUCGACUGCCAGUGACCAGGUUUCCUUGUUGGAUCUCAAGUUGCCCUUUGAGUUUUGCGUCAAGAAGCAAACGAAAGUGCGCCAAGAGCUGGAGACGUAUUCUGAUAGCCAAGUAUGGGAAGAGCGAGAGGAAACUUGGAAUCAAUUCUCUAAAUCGACUGGAGGCAAGGGUCGCCUUGUGACUGGUGGUAAAAUUACUGUCGAUGAAACCUUCUACGUCGAUCUUCUUCUGCGCAAUCCGCUUGACACCGAAGUUAACUUGUCAAAUCUCACGGUUCUUGUGGAUCAAGAAGCUUCGACGUCGCAGCCUUUCGUUGAGGUCGAAGUUAUCAAUGACAUAACCCUUGGACCAGGAGAAUCAUCUACGAUCUCUGUUGCCGUCAAGUCUUCACGUGCAACUCGGCUCGCAAUCACCCAUAUCUCCUAUGAAUUCAUUUCGUUGCUUCCCUGCACCGAGCGGCUCGCAACAAAAGGAAAACGACUACACAACACACUUGCUCAACGGCUAACACCGACAUAUGGCCCCGAUGUCCUCCUCAAGGUCGAUAUCGUGGAAGCGACUCACAAGCUGGUUGUGCACUCUAUGGAUGAGCACGCGUUGUUACUCGCUGAUGGUGAAGUCAAAUCGAUGCGUAUAGAGUUCGAGAAUCAAGGCUUGAAGCCUGUUGGCGAGGUUUGGCUGGUUGCAAGUCCUGACGACCAUAUCUGGAUCUCUCAUGAAGAAAAUGUAGAGCCUUCAAAUGAGAGCUCAGAAAUCGAGCAUUCCGACAACACACUGGCGCUACCCGUACCCCGUCGUAUCGUUCUGCCGUCUGUGCUUGAGCCGGGGGCGAGUACCGAAAUUUGUUUCGUGAUUCAGGCCACCCGGAUCGGUGAGCAACAGUUCUCUCUCCUGUUCGUCUAUCGCGAGACUGAAGUCAAACCCUUCCAUUCCGUCCAAUUCGUUUGUCCGUAUCGGGUAACUCCUCUCGUGACUGCGAGAAUCCAUGCAUCUCCGGCGUAUUCGGACGACGAUCCCUUCCUCGUGGAUGUAACAGUGGAAAAUAUUUCAGCUCUGCAGGCCUUCCAGAUUGACCAAAUAGAGACGAUCAGUCCAACUUGGCGCUGCAGCACAAUUGCGGGGCUCGAUUAUGCCGCGCUGGGACCAUCCCAAAAUUCUCAUGUGUUCUUUGGUGCCAGUCCACAGACAACAACGACCGAGGGCGUCGCUGAAACUUUUAACUAUGUCUCCCGCAAGCUGAAAAAUGUUUUGCAAGGGCUGGAUAUAGAUCCAUCUCCCCCUCCAGAGUUGAAUGUACUGCACACCUACCAUGGCAAGGGGCGACCCAGCUGCUGUCCUGAUGCUGCCCUCCAACACUUCAAACACUACAGCCGUCGAAAUGCAGUCCUUAGUGACUUGGCUACGAAGCAUCCGCAAAUUCCUCCUGAAUCGUACGCGUUGACGUUUCCGCUUCACCAUCCGAACGGAAUUGACGUGAUCGUGUCGUGGUCGAUCCCUGCACAAGAACGACACGGUCAUGUGUUCGUCACUGGCGUUACCCUUGGCGCUAGUCAUGCCGCUUUGCGGGAUAUCAUCGACGAGGCCGAAAGUGCUAAGGUCAAGCGCAGCAUGUACGCGGAGACCCAACGAGAGCGGGAAGAACUGGUCGACUCUCUUCGUCAUAGUCAAUGGAACACUGAGAUGAAUCCUCUGGUGGUGUUUCGUGAGGAGAAGCCAAUUUCUCACCCAUUCUCCGACGGGCCACGACAACUCCCCAUUCCACUCAAGUUGCGCAACUAUUCGUCAACACAUACCUCACGGUAUGUCCUGCAAGCGAGACCAGACACGCAACCUUCCUCGCCUGAUGUUCUACCACCUGCAUAUGUUGGCCGAGUCACAUACCGAGGGACAAUCGGUCCGCUGGAAUGUAUAAAAAUCACGCCGAAGAUUUGGGUAACCUGUCCGGGCACAUACGCUCUCAGUGGCUGGCGAUUAGAAACAGAGGUGUUGGAAGGGCAAGAGAGUGUCAGACAUCGCUAUGCAGAGCAGCCAUUGGAGGAGGUCUCGAUAAUUGUGGCAGAUGUGGUGUAG